AACGUAUCGUUUUGUUGAUUAUGAGUCAUCUAAAAGACGACUAGACGCUGAACUGAUUGGGGCAUGUAAUGUGUUUAGUGAAAAACAUUGAUAAUUCUUGUUGGGGCUACGUAGCAGGUGAAUAGAUACUAGGCCACGCACCGCGCGCCUAAUUAUAAUUCACUGCCAUAGCUUGGAAUAGCUUCACAUCUGUAGAACUGUACGUCUACUUCCGCGAACUUACCUUCCUAAGUUGCGAGAGAUCGGUUCUGUCUGAAAAAUGUCCGAAAAUAACUUGUUUCGCAUCGAAACGAACGCGAUCCAUGCUGGACAAAACCCGAAAAACUGGAACUCAAAUCCUGUCAUACCGCCGAUUUCUCUUGCAACCACUUUUCAACAGUUUGCGCCAGGUGAACAUGCGGGUUACAAGUAUGCCCGUUCUGGAAACCCUAGUCGAACUUGUCUCGAAACUUGUAUCGCCUCACUAGAGAAAGCCAAAUUUGCGCUGUGUUACUCUUCGGGUAUGGCGGCAGUGGACAACGUCCUUCAUCUCGUGAAUGCUGGAGAUCAUAUCGUGGCCUUUGAUGACCUCUACGGUGGCGUGACCCGUAUACUACGUCAUUGCGCGGUGCCACAUGGCCUUGAAGUAGAUUUUGUUGAUGCUACUGAUGCCGAUAACGUCUCUAAGGCGCUCAAGUCUAACACAAAACUAAUUUGGGUGGAAUCGCCGUCUAAUCCAAUGAUGAAAAUUGUCGAUAUCGCUGCCGUGUCCGUCGUAGUCAAGAAAGGGGCGCCGGAAGCAAUACUCGUCAUGGACAACUCCUUCAUGAGCCCUUACUUUCAGAAUCCAUUAGCUCUAGGCGCUGAUGUCGUGAUGCACUCGGUUACGAAAUAUAUUAACGGGCACUCCGACGCUCUAAUGGGCUGUAUCAUAACCAAUCGAGAAGAUAUCCAUGAACGCUUGCGGUUCCUUCAGAACGCUAUUGGUGCAGUGCCUUCACCUUUUGACUGUUUUCUUGUCAAUCGUGGCAUCAAGACGCUAGCGGUGCGUAUGGAGAGACACCAGGAAAACGGGUUGAAAAUUGCCCGUUUUCUCGAAAGUAAUCCUCAAGUACAAAAGGUACUGCAUCCAGGACUUCCCUCACACCCGCAGCAUGAAACGGCCAAAAAACAGUGUAGCGGCUUCAGUGGAAUGCUCAGCUUUUAUAUAAAGGGUGGUGAGAAGGAAUCACGUGCUUUCCUCACGUCGCUGAAAAUAUUCUCCAUCGCUGAGAGUCUGGGAGCUGUUGAAUCUCUCGCUUCAUUACCGUCGAAAAUGACCCAUGCGUUGCUGCCUGAGGAGCAAAGGGCACGAUUAGGUAUAACCAACAACCUGAUCCGUCUCUCAAUUGGCCUAGAGAAUGUCGACGACCUGGUGGAAGAUCUCGAUCAGGCUCUCAAAGUUGCUGCGAAGGUGUAGCAAGUUCGAAUAUGAGCGAUCGGGCACCACACGUUACUGCAGUGCGCGAUUUUUCCCACUCGUAGUUUCAGCCUUGAUUGAUUUUCAUCAUAAAUAAACAAAUCAUUAAACAUCUAUUCAACAUAUUGCGUCUUACACAUUGAACACUUAUAAUAUAUCUACGCUUCACAAAGCAGAUUUUGGUUCUAUAACGUAAUUUCUUUGAUGGCGCUGCUGAAAUAAUAUUUCUAAUUAGUGUGACAAGAUAGCAAACAACUGCGUGUACUGGCCCAAACGGCGGCCUAAUCUACCUUUUCCUGUGAAAUGUGCUAUAUGUACCUCGUAGCUAAUCAUUAUCUUAGGUUUUCUUUAACGAUAUGAAUAUUCAGGCAAACGCUCGAAAAAUAUUCGGUAGGGGUUUCAAUAGAACGUCUAUAGAUGGCGCAUGAUUUUAUUCAAUGCUAAUAACAACAGUUUUUUUUUUUAACACUUGAAUAAAAUAAUUUUUCUAAUGUGAUAAUCAGAAUGGUUAAUUUACGAUCUGAUGAUAAAUAUCAGGAUAUCUUGUGCUGCAAUUUAAGAACAAUAUAUUUGUCUUAUGAAUUGCGAGAAUAUUCAAGUUUUUUAGACAUGGCUGUAACUUUAGCAAUUUCGAAUAUGGGUACCUGUUAGCCAAUUACAGACUAAUACCAGGUGAAGUGUGUAGCUAGCAAAUGUUUGAUUGCUAUCAUAUAUAAAUGAUACUGACACCUGCAAUCCUUUACGAGGAAUCUGCUAAUGUAAAAGAUGAAUUGUAUCUACGAGGAGAACACGGUCUGUUGUUUACUGUUUAGAAGUAAAAGGCUUUAAAAUCAUCGAGUGUUAUUAGAGAGGCAUUAGAUGACCAAUAA